GUGGUGGCGCCAGUUUACUCUCAGGCUCGACAUGCACCAUGUCCCGAACAACGAUCGACAUCCGUGCUUGUACCACCGAUCUGGUGGUGCAUGUCAAGCAUGGUUGGACAACAUCUUGACCAGCCACGGUGUAGCAGUGUCGGAACUGCACACCAAGCUCACUUGGCAGGAGUUGACUGACGCCUGGCACAAGCGAUUCCAAGUGGAUCCGCCCGACCUGCAAGCGAUGGACAAGCUCAACAAGCUCCAUCAGAACACGCUGCUCAGUCAGGACUGGAUUACCGAGUUCCAAAGACUCGCCUCCACACCUGACCUGCCCCUCGCAUUCCGCGCCAUCAAGCACUUGUUUAUCAUGCGCUCGUGUCCAGCUCUGCAAAACGCGCUGACGCAGAUUGCAGAGACACUCGACACAUCUGACAAGCUUUUCAGCACAGCGUCACGGAUCAUUCUCACGAAUAUCGAAGCUCGCAACGCCGGCCGAUCUUCCGCGACGACGAGCGGCACCCAGCCCAAGCCAAAGGUGGCUUGCAUUACUUCUACCGAGGCUGCAACACCAAACGAGGGUGAAGUGUUGGCAGCUUCCUGGGAUGGUGGCCGGCCGCGCAACAACCACGGCCGUGACAAGACGAAGACUGAGUCCACCUCUACACCGAGCACCGGAUCAGCCGUCGACGAACCUUGGGCACAAUACGGACUCUCGGCGAAUUCUUAUCGCACGAGACUCAAGUACCGUACAUGUGCGGCUUUCUCAUCGUCCGGAGGUUACUCCGCCACUUCGUCUUCAUCAAGGGAUUCGGCAAGCGUGUUCAACGAGGAGGUCUUGGACCCGCUCACGCCCGAGGACUUCGCUUGGAUUCAUCCCCCUACGACGGGCAACCUUCCGGGGCCGCAAAGCGCAGCACUAUGCGCCCUCUUACACGAGUAUCUUUCCUUCCAUGCACCACCAACUUCGUCGAUGGUAGACGAAGUCGCGGUGGGGGACAUGCUUGGCUAUGUUGCCAAGGUGGCCCGCGAGUUUGUCUCGCAACGGUACGAAGAAAACAACGCACCGUUGCUCUACGUUCGCAUUCAGAUUGGGCAAGCCGCCUGCAACGCUUUGCUAGAUUGCGGCGCAACUCGCAACUUCAUCAGCCAGUCCUUCAUGACUCGGGCUGGCCUUGGCGCACAAGUACGGAGGAAGUCACAUCUGACGACGGUCGCUCUUGCCGAUGGUAAGACGAAACAACUUUUAGACCAUUACAUCUGGGCUGUCCCGGUGUACUUUGCACCACACGCAUGUGAACCCGUUACUUUUGACGUAUUGGACACCGACUUCGAUGUCAUUUUGGGGAUGCCAUGGCUUUCUAGCGCGGACCACACGGUCAAUUUCCAUCGACGCACGCUCACGAUUCGUGAUGCAACUGGCGCCGAGGUCCCGUGUACUAUUCCUCCUCCUCGCUCUUCCAUUCGGUGCCAAGUCGUGAGUGCCAAAUCUUUUCGAGACACAUGCCGUUCCGAGCAUGUCGAAGAGAUUGGCAUCGCUUUUCUUCGAACCGCCCCGACGACCGAUUCAUCGUCCACGGAUGUGUCUUUCGACCCCCGUGUGACCCGGUUGUUUGACGAGUUCUCGGAUGUUUUUGAGACACCCUCCGGUAUAGUGCCGGACCGGCCAAUCUCUCACGAGAUCAUACUUGAGGCCGGCGCCGUGCCACUGAAGGGAUGCAUUUAUCGCAUGUCCGAGGAGGAGCUCACGGUUCUCCGUGCGCAACUCGACGAUCUACUUGACAAGGGUUGGAUCCGCCCUAGCAGCUCACCUUACGGUGCGCCCGUUCGGUUCGUUCGGAAGAAGAACAAGGACCUUCGACUUUGCAUUGACUACCGACGCCUCAACGCGCAAACCAUCAAGAACGCGGGGCCUCUACCUCGCAUUGACGAUUUGCUUGAGUGGUUCGGCGGGGCCAAGUACUUUUCCAAGUUGGACCUCAAGUCGGGCUACCAUCAGAUUUCCAUCCGCUCGCAAGAUCGGUACAAAACCGCGUUUAAGACGCGAUAUGGGCAUUUUGAGUGGGUAGUUAUGCCUUUUGGCCUCACCAAUGCCCCGACCACCUUUCAGGCGGCCAUGACCACCGAGUUUCACGCUAUGCUGGACCGCUUCGUCUUGGUCUAAUUGGACGACAUCCUCGUCUAUAGCCGAAUUCUAGAGGAGCAUCUCAAGCACCUUCGCC